GCGGCGUCGCAAAUUUAGUCAACUGGCAGUCAGCAACAGUGAAAGAAGUGAAAUUCUCCUUUAGAAUACACAUUUUAUCUUGAAAUAUGAUAUAACGUAGCAGAAGAAAAGACAACAAGGAAUUUCAAGAAUACAGUGACAGCUCAAACAUUUUUUCGAAAAAUAUUUUCGAAAUUUUUGCGUGAAAAAAAUCGUGUUUGUUAUUGUAGUUUGUAAAAAUUUGGCGUUAUUUAUAAAAUUUAAUACGCUGUCACAUAAAAAAAGUCAGAAAUUAAUAAAAAUCUACUUAAGUAAUUUAAAAGACUCUAAACAUUCUAAAAUAAGAACCAAUAUAUCAACUAAAGAAAAAAUUCUAAUAAAAUAAUAAAGAUAAAAUAAAUCAAACAAAAAUGCAAGUUUUACUGCCGGAACCAAAUUUGUCACCGAGAACCACAGUGGCGGUAGGCGACAAGCUAAAAGUCGUCGAUGAGAUCCAAAGCCUGCUGGAGGCGGCUAAAGUAGGCAGCAGCAGCUUGGCCCAUGAUGGCAAUAAAGAAAAUGUUGAAGAAAUGAAAAGUGACAACAAAACCAGAAACGCUACUAAACUUGAUGACAACAAUAACAACAGUGAGAGGAGCAAUUUGAAUGUUGGCGACAAGGCGGUGGGAAGCUCGCUGCAUACGCCCAUUCACUCGCACACACCCUUCCCGGGCAUCUCACAAUUGACGCCGAGCCUCUAUUUGUGCGGCGCUGGCGUUGUCAUGCCCAUGAUACUCGAUCAGCUGCAGGUGCGUUUUAUCAUCAAUGUCGCACCAGAGCUACCCGAUACACCGCUCUCGAGCGUCACCAAGCCGCUAUAUUUGCGCAUCAACGCAUACGAUCGCCCUGCCACCGAUCUGUCGGUGCAUUUCGACGAGGUGGCCGAUAUGAUUGAAGAGGUGCGUCAGCUCGGCGGCAAAUCACUGGUGCACUGCGUGGCCGGUGUCAGUCGUUCGGCCACACUCUGCUUGGCAUACCUGAUGAAGUAUGGUGGCAUGUCACUGCGCGCUGCCUACUUGCACGUCAAGGCCAUACGUCCACAAAUACGUCCGAAUACAGGCUUCUUCCAGCAGUUGCGCUGCUACGAGGAACAACUUAGAGGUUCCUGUUCGGUGCAGAUGGUUUACUAUGAAUCGUUGAACAGGGAGAUACCGGACGUCUACGAGCCGGAAUAUCGUGCAAUGGAGGAGUUCUACCAGCGACAGCGUAAAGCUUUGAAACGGCAUUGAGGCGCUUUGCGUAGUGGGAUGUUAUGUUUGUGGGUGUUUAAAAUAGACAACUUUAUUCCAAAGGGUAGUUUUAACGGUGUGUUUGAGUGGGUAUUGAAAUGUUUUAGUUGUGGCAUGUGUGGUUGAAAGUAUAAUGUAAUGUAA